AGAUAUAGAAUCAUCGGUAUUAUUACUGAGACAUGCCCAAUCACUGUACAAUAAGGAGAAGACUUUGUUGAAGGAAAGUGGCUGAGGGCCUGAAGAUAUUACUGAGUAUUAAGAAAAAUGCUCUAAAUUUGGAGUUAAGAGACUGAGAUUUAUCUGAAGAAGGUCUACAGCAGACCAGAGAAUUAAGAGAGCAGGUUAAUGAAUUGGAUGUGAAGAUUGUCUUGGUUUCUCCCAUGAGGAGGACUUUGAAGACAGCUUAUGAGGUGUUGUGAGAGCAUCCAAAGUUUGAGGAGAUCAAGUUUAUUGUGGUUCCUGAGAUUAGAGAAGUUUUAGGUGCAUUUUGAGGGUUGAUUGGAGAGGUUUCAGAAGUCAUUCCUGAGUUCAAAGCCAAAAUUCCACAGCUAGAUACAACCAUGAUUGAAGAUCAAGAUGGAAAUCUAAGAGAUCUAUUACGUGAGUUCACUUCAAAACACAGUGCUUUUAAGGAUAGUGAUUUCACCGAAUUAAGCCAAGAAGAUAUUCUAGGGAUUGUUAGACAAGCUAUACAGGAUAAUUACCCGAGUUCUAUUGAGACAAUGGAAGAGAUCAAACAAAGAGUAAGUGAAACCAAGCCGAUAGUGAAGAAAUAUAUUGAUCAGUUGUCUUCAGAUGCUUCUGAGUCUAACCAAGCAUCUCCGAAGAUACUUUUAGUGAGUCACCAUCAUUACCUAGUUGAAUACCUAGGUAUCGAGCGAUCAGAUAAGGGAGAAGUGAUCCCUAACUGUAAGCUACUAUCAGACCCUACUGAUUACUCAUCGAUAUCUUAAUCUAGCCUCUUUGAUCGAUUGAAGGUGAAAUCUCUUCCAUGAAAGUCUAAAGAAAUGCGAAAAGCCUUUUCAAUUU